AUGCCGGCCACGUGGCAAGCCACGUGUAGGGCAGUCAGAAAGAGCAGAGAGGACAGCAAUUUUCUGUUCGUUUUUAUUCGUGCAUAUUUUGUUGAUAUUGUUGUUGAACCUCCUCUUAACAACAAACUUUCAGCAAUCCAUUCUAUGGCUUCCCAUACUUCUUCUCUUCUCUUCAUAACUCUGAUCAGCACUCUUCUGGUUAGCUGCAAUGCAGCAUCCGAAACCAAUGAAAAGGUAUUUAUUGUGUACAUGGGUGAACUUCCCAAGGGUGAUUUUGCUGUUUCAUCAAUCCACAGGAACAUGCUGCAAUCAGUCCUUGGCAGCAAAAGGGCAUCAAAAUCUUGGCUCCGCAGCUACCAUAAAAGCUUCAAUGGCUUUGCUGCCAAGAUGACUGAGGAAGAGAAAGAUACAAUUGCUGGCAUGGAUGCAGUGGUGUCUGUAUUCCCUAGCACCAAAAAGCAACUCCACACAACGAGAUCAUGGGACUUCAUGGGAUUCCCUCAAGACGUUAAAAGAACAAAAAUUGAAAGCGACGUUAUUGUUGGGAUGUUAGACUCCGGGAUUUGGCCUGAAUCAGAGAGUUUCAGUGAUGAAGGGUUUGGUCCUCCUCCAAGCAAAUGGAAAGGCAGUUGCCAAGCCUCCUCAAAUUUCACUUGUAACAAUUGCUUAUCUUUUAUUUUUCAGGGGGUUUCUUUAAACACAUUUGAGCUUCAAGAAGAGAUGUACUCAUUAGUCUAUGGAGGAAAUGUACCUGCACCAGGUGCUGAUGACUCUGAGUCAAGGUAUUGCUUACCUGACUCGUUAGAUGCAAAACAGGUAAAUGGAACCAUUGUCCUAUGUGAUACAGUGGGUGAUGGAAUACCACAAGUACUCGUGGGUGCAACUGGAACUAUAAUGCAAGAUGAUGGAUUCAUAGAUUCCGCUUCGGCCUUUCCCUUACCAGCUUCAUGCCUGGCAUUCGUUGAUGGUACCGAAGUUUUUAAAGCAUAUCAACUCAACAAGAGUGUUGAAGGAGUAGAGAAACUGGCCCCCUUUGUGGUUUCCUUUUCAUCUAGAGGACCAAAUCCAAUCACAAGAGAUAUCCUCAAGCCUGAUCUGAGUGCACCUGGUAUGGACAUUGUUGCUGCAUGGUCAGAGCUAACUACAGUUACUGAAUGGAAAGGAGAUACAAGAGUUGUACCAUACAAUAUUAAAUCCGGAACAUCCAUGUCAUGCCCUCAUGCCUCUGGAGCAGCUGCUUACGUUAAAUCAUUUAACCCAACGUGGUCUCCUGCUGCCAUCAAGUCUGCUUUGAUGACUACCGCUGCUCCAAUGAGUGCGAAUACAAACACGGAUGGUGAGUUUGCAUAUGGAUCGGGUCAUAUCGAUCCAGUGAAGGCUAAAAGUCCUGGUUUGGUAUACGAUAUGGGACCAAAUGACUACGUCAAAUUCCUAUGUGGGCAAGGUUACAGCCUUAAGAACCUGACACUUAUUACUGGAGAGAACAUCACUUGCACUCAACAUAACAAUGGUACAGUUUGGGACCUAAACUAUCCUUCCUUUGCGUUAUCUACCAAGUCCGGUGGUUUCGUCACCCGUGUCUUCCAUCGGACAGUCACAAAUGUCGGUUCGCCAGUAUCCACUUACACUGCGGUCAUAGUUGCGCCAACCGGACUCAGUAUUAAUGUUUUGCCGUCCAUUCUUCCAUUCAAAUCUAUUGGGCAGAAGCAAACAUUUGUAGUGACUGUUAAUGCAACAUUGACUUCGAGCAGGCUAUCUGGUAUUUUGGUGUGGAACGAUGGAAUGUUUCACGUGAGGAGUCCAAUUGUUGCCUAUGCUGCCUAG